AUGGAGGAUACGAAGCGCCCCAUCUUUGGGGCGGAGGCAGAACGGAUUGGCACCCGCUUGGACGAGGCCACCGAUGAAUUCCUCAAGGAGACAAAGAGCUGCCGAGCACUGCAGAUCCCACCAGGACAAGAUCAGCUCACAGCGAUGGAGUUUGUGGCCUACCUGGGCAUUAACCUUCAGCUGGAACCCGAACUCUCAUGGGUGGCAAGAGAAAUGCUGGCCUGCCCCAUGCCUCCGCAAGCGGAGAUGAAAGUGAGCAAGGCCGGUGUUUGCUAUUUUCACGACCUGAUCAACGAUUACUAUACCAUCGAGCACCCCUUGACCCAAAGGUACUUGAAGGUCUUGGAGCGCCAGCGGCUGGACUUGCUGUGCCUGCGCACCAAGCCGUCGGUGAAUGGUUUGCUCUUUUCACAGCCGGACAUGUUGUUCAACAAGCAGUUCCGGAACCUGCAAAUCCCAUGCCAGUCAUGUGGCGUGAUGCAGUCCACCCUCAAAUGCAACCAGUGCCUCAUGUCCUUCUGCCAGUCCUGUGCCGAUGCAUUGCACAAGAACGCACUGGGGCCGAGGACGGAUCCGGAGGAUGGCGUGGCGUACCCGUACGACGAGAUUCUGGCCCACUACACGGCGCAAGGCUACAAGAAGAAGGAUGUGCUAAGUUACUGGGAGCAGGUUUGCAAGCCAGUGAAGGGCAAGAAGGCGGAAGCCAAGGCAUCCAAGGCCGAGCCCAAAGCCAAAGCCAAAGCCAAGGCAAAGGCCAAGAGCAGCCCUGCGCUGCGCGGCGCCAAGGCUGAGACACUGCAGGAGCCGGCAGCGCGCCCAUUGAGCACUCGACUCCCAAGGGCUAGAGUGGUGAUGAGGGAAAUGAAACGCCGAGAACUGGAUUGGCGCAUUGGCGCCGUGGUCUAUCAGAUCUACGUGGAUCGCUUUGCGGCCUCCAGUGACUUGGAGAAGAAGAAGAGCUUGUACCCUGAGGAGGCCACGUUCCACACUUGGGAGGAGCUACCAAAGGGUGGACACUUGGUGGAAUCUGCUGGGUACUACAGCAACGAGCUGGCCUUUUGGGGCGGCGAUCUUCCCAGCAUGAUGAGCAAGAUGGACUACAUUUGCGACUUAGGUGUGGACGUGAUGUAUUUGCAGCCCAUCACCAGGGCCUACUCCAACCACAAGUACGACACCUCCGACUACCACGAGAUGGAUGCUCAAUACGGCACGGAUGAGGAUUUCAAGAAGUUGGUGGAGACGCUGCACGAGAAGGGUCUAAAGCUUGUCUUGGAUUUUGUCUUCAACCACUGUGGCAAGAAAGCAAAUUUCGUCCAAGAAGCACUGAAGGACAAGGAGUCGAAGUUCCGAAAGUUCUUCUUCUUGGGCGAAGAAUACAAACCCCAUGGCUACAAGGUCUGGGGCUGUGCUCCUUCAUUGGUGGAGCUGGCGCUUGAGACCAAGGAGCUUCAGAGCUAUCUGUGGAGCGGCAAGGACUCGGCUUUGGCCAAAUGGCUCCAGCGGGGCGCCGAUGGGGCACGCCUGGAUGUGGCCUCAGAGAUUGGUCUGGAGCUGUUGUCGUCCAUCACCCGAGCUGCGCACCGACACAAGAAGGGAAGCCUUGUGGUUGGAGAAGUGUGGGCGUAUUCCCCGCAUUGGACUUCAGCCAUGGAUGCUGUCAUGAGUUUGCACCUGGGCGUCCUCAUCUAUGGCGUGGCGGAAGGCACUUUGCCGGGCCCCUCUGCCGCGCAAUCCUUGUCGCGGAUGAUCGCGGAUUCCUCGAUGGAGGAGGUGCUGAAGUGUUGGAUCGUGGUCAGCAACCACGACAUGCCACGCUUGGCUCAUCGGCUUCCGGAUCUCCAGGCCCGAAAGUUUGCGCAAGUUCUUCAGUUCACAUGGCCCGGGUGUCCGUUGGUCUACUACGGUGACGAGCUGGGGCUGGAAGGUGCUGAUGAUCCGCACAACCGGGCGCCCAUGCCGUGGGGAAGGGAGAAGGAGAGUGAGAUGUUAAGACAUACCAAGAUGUUGAUUGAUUUGCGGAAGAAGCAUAGGGCUCUGAAAAUUGGAAACUACCGAGAUCUCUUCACUCGAGACCUGAUGGCCUUUAUUCGUAGCACCGACUGUGUGUCGGACGUGGUGAUCGUGCUGGCGAACCCCACAGAGAAACCGGUGAAGGAGAUGGUAGUGGUGCCAGUGCCUGCGAUUCUUGGACAUACGCUUUUCAAGGACCAGCUGAGCGGUGAAGAGCUGCGACUUCUAGGCUCCACGUUGACGGUGGAAGUGAAGCCCAAACAGGCACGGAUCUUCACGAUGGUAAACGAAGUUGGCAAUCCUAGUGGGGAUCAGUACAAGCGCACCUGGGGCCAUUGGGCCAGCUUCAAGAGCGUGAAGCCGAAGAACCACACCUUCCUCACCACGGCCGGCGGAAGUUUGUGCUCCACCUGCGCCGUGAAGAAACCCCAGGUCUUCUGUGCCAACUGCGAGGACUACUUCUGUUUCAAAUGCUUCGAAGACAUGCACCGCCGCGGGAACCGACUGCAGCACAAGUCCAUGUUGGUCAGCGUGUCCGAUGGAGAUGUGAUCGAACCCCAAAAACGCUGCGAAGAGUGUGAAGACCGACCGGCGGCCUUUGCAUGUGACUAUUGCUUGGACAAUUACUGCGUGCAAUGCUUUUGGAAGUGCCACUUCAAUGGCCAUCGGCGGCAGCACACCGCAUCGAAAGUGGGCGUGGUGCCCAUGUGCAACCAGUGCCAGAACGUCCGCGCGACGAUCUUCUCGGAACAGACGCAGGAGUUGAUGUGCACAGAAUGCUUCACCAUGCUGCAUGCCAAGGGCAAUCGCAUGCUCCAUCUUUUUAUGGACGCGAUGGAUUUGCUGGUGCUCUUGGAACGCUUAGACCCUGCCUUCCAGGAGCACAUGCGACGAGCUCGUCCGAGAGUUCUGUGGGCUUUGUCUCAGCUGCAAGGUUGGGUGAAGGGUAUCGAAGCCCGCCGCAACUUCAAGAAGCGCAAGGAUGUGGUGCUCAUGAUCCAGCGCCGCUGGCGUGGUGUGCUCACGCGCCGGCGAUUGCUAGGCAUGCUGCACAUGCACAAGUGGCGAAGGCGCCAAGUGAACAACUACUUCCUGCCGAAGACGGCCGCCGAGCGUCGGGCGGUGAAGCAGAAGACCACCGCCAUGCUGUCGGCCAAGGACGUGACCACGCGCGCGGCAAACCAAUCGCUGCGCGAGCUGCGCUCAACGAUUUUGUCCACCGCCACGGCGGACCCAUUGGAGGAUGCGCAGAUGACUCGAGAUCAAAUGGAUGCCUUACCCGGUGCCAUCGACAUCCCUGGCGGCAGCACGGGCGGCUUCGGGAGCCUGCCCGCCGGGGUCUCGCCCUACACCAGCUACGAGCAAAGUUCGCGCUUCAAUGGUGCCCUUGCGAAUCCUGGCAAUGUUCAGACCGCGCAAGAUCUUUCCAAGAAGGACAUCCGCAGCACGCGGGACAACACCUUGCGCCAGAUCACACGCUUGGACUGA